CCAACUGCCGGAAAGUGCUGCGCAAGGAAAAAAGAAUCAGAGUAUCUCCGCCUUUGACAAGAGGACCAAGUGCCUUUAUUCCAGAAAAAGAGGUUGUCCAAGCAAACACGGCAGAUGAACGUACCAACUUUCUUGUAGAAGAAUACUCGACGACUGGUCGCCUGGACAACAUCACUCAGGUUAUGAGUUUACACACUCAGUACCUGGAGUCUUUCUUACGCAGUCAGUUUUACAUGCUGCGCAUGGAUGGUCCUCUUCCUUUGCCCUACAGACACUACAUUGCUAUCAUGGCUGCAGCCAGACAUCAGUGUUCUUACUUAAUAAACAUGCACGUUGAUGAGUUUCUGAAGACUGGAGGGAUUGCCGAGUGGUUGAAUGGCUUGGAAUAUGUCCCACAGAGACUGAAGAAUCUCAAUGAAAUAAAUAAGCUGCUUGCUCAUCGACCCUGGCUAAUCACAAAAGAGCAUAUUCAGAAACUUGUCAAAACUGGAGAGAAUAAUUGGUCUCUGCCUGAACUAGUGCACGCUGUCGUCCUUUUGGCACAUUAUCAUGCCUUGGCAAGCUUUGUUUUUGGUAGUGGUAUUAAUCCAGAGAGAGAUCCAGAUACGUCUAAUGGAUUCAGGCUAAUAUCAGUCAACAACUUCUGUGUCUGCGAUCUUGCCAAUGACAACAACAUUGAAAAUGCAUCCCUGACAAGCAGCAACUUUGGGUUUGUGGAUUCAUUGAGCGAGCUCGAGGCUUUAAUGGAAAGGAUGAAGCGGCUUCAAGAAGAGAGGGAGGACGAAGAGGCCUCACAGGAAGAGAUGGCCACUCGUUUUGAGAAGGAGAAGAAAGAAAGUCUCUUUGUGGUGUCUGGAAGUACUUUCCACUCAUUUUCCCCAACAGUUUUCGAUGAUGACAUGGUCUCAACAUCUGAUGUCUCCCGGUACAUCGAAGACCCCGAUUUUGGGUACAAAGACUUUGCCAGGCGAGGGGAAGAGCAUUUGCCAACGUUCCGAGCUCAGGAUUACACUUGGGAAAAUCACGGAUUCUCCCUGGUGAACAGACUAUACUCCGACAUUGGUCAUCUCCUUGAUGAAAAGUUCAGGAUGGUCUACAAUCUCACGUACAACACUAUGGCCACACACGAAGAUGUGGAUACCACAACGUUGAGAAGAGCUUUAUUUAAUUAUGUUCACUGUAUGUUUGGAAUCAGGUAUGAUGACUAUGAUUAUGGAGAAGUUAAUCAGUUACUUGAACGAAGCUUGAAGGUUUACAUUAAGACAGUGACUUGCUACCCUGAGAGAACUACCAAGCGCAUGUAUGAUAGUUACUGGCGACAGUUCAAACACUCAGAAAAGGUUCAUGUAAAUUUGCUUUUAAUGGAAGCACGAAUGCAAGCAGAACUUCUGUACGCACUUCGGGCUAUAACUCGCCACUUGACUUGAAGCGGCGGCGUUCGGAGGGGGACAGCGCGUCGUCGAUAUGUAAAAGACCUUUUCACAUAAGAUACUCGCCAGAAGCCGUUUGUGAUGUAGCAUCAAAAAAUUAUUCAAUUCUCUAGUGUCAAAGUUUAGCCGUGUUUUGGGCGGCGGUAACGUGCAAUGAUGUGUUUUUUCUUUUUCUUGAUGCUUAACAUUACUAACGAGAGCAGAAAUAACUGAGGAGCACUACUUUUACAUUGUUUCUAGUUGGAAUCUUGGGAUACUGGUCCCAAAUCACGACCCUGGUUAAUGCUUCACUUCAGCGCUUUUGGGGUGGGGGUGGGGGGGUGUACGUGUGCGUGUGUGUGCACGCGUGCGUGCACGAAUCUGUGUACUCUGGUUUUUUUUGUUUGUUUUUUUCAAUGUACUGGAGGAGAAGCGCUUACAAUCCAUUCAAGCAAUCAUUUUCAGAUGAUUGGAAUCCAAUAAUGCUGUGUCCUAAAAUCUUGUAAAGGAAAAAGCAUGCACUGUAAAGCCAAUCUGUUUCCUGGGUGCUUCUUUGCCGCCCGCCCCCAUCCCUCUCCGCCCCGGGUGGCUGUUUUUCUGGCACUCCAGCUGGUGACAAUGACUGGAAUGUGACCCCAGCACGGCCCACGGUUUAAUGUGAAACGAAUCGAGAAACUCUCUAGCAUGCUACUGAGAUGCCACAGUUCAACUGUUAGAUUUCCUUCGUGAAACAGAAGAGGUUUGUUUGCCAUUUCAGAGGUGUAUCUUAAGGUGAAGUUCUGCACAAUCCUUCCCGUUACUGACAGUAACCCUCAGUCAGUUGAAAGUAUCAACGUUCAUUAGAGUGCUGCUUACCGUUCAUUUCGUUGGCACCUGUAAAGUUUCACCUACACAAGAUUGACCAAAAAUGUUUUUCUUUGCACAUUUUUCCUUUCUCAUAGUGCUUUUCUCUCUUGUGGAAAGCGGAGGAAGGCUGAUAUAUCUGUAUUUUUCCUGGUAGGUUUUAGAAAUGAUUUCCCGUCAUUUCCCUUCAUGUAAUAGGUUGAGCGGUAAUAUUAAAAGGUGAAAAUGAUGUUUCUAUGCAUUAAUGUGAGUGAACAAAAAGAAAGUGCAAUAUAUUCUAGAAAACGAAAUAAGCUUUCCCCUAUGAUGUCACUGCAAAAGUGUCCUUCUAAAAAUACAGCCAUGAAGAAAUGUUUUGUUGAAUUUCUUUAUUGCACAUGGCUUAACGUUUUUGUUUAACUGGCUGGGGUUGACAAAUCUUCUCUCUUAAGAUGCCAAAGUGCUCCACCCCCCCAAAAAAUAUAUCUAUUUGGACCACUGUUAGUACAAAAAGACUCAUUUUUUCAUUGGUUUGUGUUGCUUGACUAGCUAACUUCCAAGAGCACAAAAUAUCUGUGUUUAUAGCUUUACUUUGUAUUUUGUUACUGAACCAGUGAAGUGCCUAAAGAGAUGCUUGCACCAAUCCAAGUAGGACACAACUGCACUGCUAAAACACUUUUUUUUUUGUUAAAUAAGGGUGACUUUAUUUUUUUUUAAACAGUUCCAUUUUUUUUCAGUGUGAAUAAGGUUAAAAUUUUUCCGUUCAAUUUCCGGCGGAGAUUCCAGACUAGCUUUGUUUUUGCCAUCUCGGUCUGACUUUACUCUCCAUGAAAAGCAUCACGGACCAGUUUUGUUACAAAAUCUGAACUUUGUCCCAGUUGAUGAGCCCUUGCUCUGACAGUACCUAGGCAGUUUCCCUUUGAUCAUCCAUUCCAUAUGGGGAUGAUGAAAAUUGUUCUAUAAACUUAAUUCAAGGUAGUUCUGCAGUUUGGGAUUGCAGGCGUUCUUGCUUGAAGUCCUCCAGAUGAGGAAAAAUAUUGCUCAUGAAGACAGGGUGGUUUAUUUAAAGAAAUUUUUCAAAGAACUGUGUGGCAGAAUCUCUUUUUUUUCAUUGCAUACUCAAGUUGAAUUUUUUCAAUAUAGUGGUUUAGAUAAACUUCAAGACGAUUCAAGAGUAUUUCAAGAGGCAGAUAAUGAGCAUACCCGUAUAUAUGUGUAUAUAUGUAUAUGUGUGUAUGUAUGUUCACACAUUCAUCUAUAUAUAGAUAUAUAGGUUAUACAUAUCUGUACAUGUAUAUCUACAGAUAUAUAUAUAUGUACAUGUAUAUAUAUGUAUAUAUAUGGGUUUGACAUCUCUAGUGGCUUCAAGUUAAGGAUGCUGUUAACAUCUUCUAUCUGCUUGGGCUCUUUUGGUGAGUAGCCCAGAUUUUGAAGCAGGUGAUCUCCAAGGGAACAAAGAGAGAAAUGUUUUUCUGAGAUGCGAAUGGAGGAGUCAGAACAGAACAGCAGAUGAGCUUCACAAAGAAGUUGAAAUGAGACUUAGGUAACAUUAUAAUUGAGCCACUUAACUGUAAUUUUCUUUCCGGAAAUGUAAGUAGCUUGAGUUUGGGGUAUGGAAAUAACAGUGCCUUUACUGGAUCUCUUUCCUGGCAGAAUUUCCUUUCAGCUCAGCAUCCAUCUUGCCAACGAUGGGAGAAGUAAUUAGACUUUGAACUAUAAGCAGAAAAUGAAACGAUUUCUAUGUAAACCUCGAAGUGAAUCAACCUAGAAAAUUGAUUUUGGAAGGUGCCGGUGCACCUUUUAAAACACAGCAACACAUAGGAUUCCUGGUUGUGAAAUGCCGUUUUACACCGAGUUUGCUGUUUCCUUUCUAUAUGUGAUGCAAACUUGUGAUUCUGAUGCGGUUUUCCAGGGUGGUAUUUUUUCAGAGUAUUGAAUUUACUAUGUAAUAAUUUCUAGUCUAGCUUUUAUACUCAAAUGUGAUAUUUUUAAAAUAGACGUUUGUUCGGAAUAGGUGUAAAGUUAUGAUUCUACCAUAUGCUUCUCUACACCUUGGGCUCACAUUGUGCCAAACUUAAAUGUGCAAGUGUCAGUUUUAAAAAAAAUGCACGUAUGAAUGUGAAUUCUUCAACUCUGUUGCUUAUAUUGUUGAAACAAAUUUUAAUAAUAAAUCCCAUGGAGUUCUAUGCUAAAGUAACCUGUAUUUACCUUCUCUUGCUGGAGUCUUUCCGUCUCACCAGCUUGAUUAGGGAUGAGUGUGUCCAUUUUCUCAGGCUGACCUGCCUGUGGGGUAAUAGGGAAGGCAGAUAGUCUGCCCAUUAGCCCCAAGCCUUCCGGCUUGGCUUCAGUAGUGAGUAGUCAGAUGCAGUGGGAACUCAUUGAAUUAGACUUGCUGGUCAGGGAUUCGUAAAGAAUUGGGAGGGAGGAACUUUGCAUGUGGAAAAGGACUACUGAUUAACCUUUGACCGUUGCAACCAGCUGCAGGUUGUCUGCCUUUGGAGAGAUGGCCACGGAUGCCAGUGGAAAUAAUGUCUCAAGGCUUAAGACCAAAUGCGUCAGGAAAGCCGGUGACCUCUGAUGGUGUCUUGAAAAAUCUCAAUAGAAGGGAAGCGGGGGGCAGGAAAUAGCAAAGCUGUCUCGCUUAAGCAAAAUGAUUCACCUCAGUCUAGCCCCAUAUUCAACUUCCACGGUCUCGUACAUAUGUUAGCUGAGCUUCGAAAGUUAAGCGAAAUUGUCCUGUGACAGUUUCUCCUCUGACUGCUCUGUCCUACGAUAAAUUCUUCACUUCCCAGGUCACAGUGAAUUCAAACUAUCCACAGACAUAAUUGUACAAGAAUGUAGUCCCGUGACUGCCUCCAAUUUUUGAUUCAGACUAGAUGUGUCUGAAGCGGUAAAGCUGUAAGAAGAAGAUAAUAGAAAAAAUGACUAUCAUGAAUAUUUUAGUAGUGAUUUCUGCUACAGAAGUACAGUGUCUGGAAAAGGAAGCUUAAACUUCUAAAUGAUUACUUACCUGGAAAAUCAAAACUUUAACUUCCCUCUCAAAUAGAGCCCUAUUUGCGUUCUUUUGGGCAGAUAAGCUUGGGGCAAAGGCAUCAGGUAAAAAAAUCAUCAGUGCCAAGCAGAAUAAAACCAAAGUACUCUGCACAAAGCUCCCAUUGAUGACCUUCUCCCCUUAGCCCAAACCUCAGCCAGAAAUCAAGCACGUGAUUCCUGAUAUCAUUUCGGAGUUUGAAAUGCAUUUAUAAAAUCGGAAUCCGCUCUGCCUGGCAGUCCCCGGUGCUUUCUCUUCAGGUGACUUGAAGCCAAAUUGAGCCGUUUUCCCGCAUGCCCCACUCCUAAAUGAGUCCAGCCAUGUUGGGUACCCAAAAAACAUUUUCAGAGCACUCAUGGUGUUGAAAUCUAGAAUUCUGGCCCUCGAGUAUUGAUUCGUCUAUAUCACAAACCAACCAUUGAUUUGGGAUGGGAAUGGGGCAGUGAGGGAAAGGCAGAGACGGAGUUAUGUGGGGAAGUUUGCCCUUAUCUGCCUGUGAGUCGAGGACACGGUCAACUGUAAUGUUUAGUGUGUAGUUGCCCGAGAGAGAGAACAGGGCAAGCGAACCCUUCCACCCAAACCAUCCUUACUCACCCGCUCCAAGCAGUCCUUUCUCCUGUAUAUCCCUCCUCCCCUCGAGGCCAAACAAGAAAGUCACUUGAUUCUUGUUCAAAGCCACCAUUGCUUUAUCACUCCCAUAAAUCCACUUAGUCUGGAUGGAACCAACUUGCUGUUGCAGCUUCCUAAACCGUGUCCUCUCUGGGACCCUGUCUCUUUGAUCAUGAGCCCCAACGUGGGACAUGGACAAGUCUCAUCUUGUAUCACUCCCUCCCGACACUUAGCACAGUGCUCGCCACAUAGCGCUUGAUGAGUACCGUAACCAACUCCAAAUUUAAUUUUCCAUCCACAUGGAUGAAAUUGUUUUCUUCCCUCCAAUGCCUUUCACCUUUUCCAAGUCUAGCAAUUUUUUUACUCCCCUCUGCCGCACCCCUGAACGGCCUCCUCCUGAGUGGAACCAGUUGAUUUUGAAAAAAGGACUUAAUCACCUGAUGCACUUGGUAUCGUAUCCAAGUCUGGCCCAGAAAGCCAAAAGACUUGAAAGGGGAGAAUUUAGCAGGUACUGGAAACGCUCCGGGUGUGUUAGCCAAGCCAUCUGGAGACGAGUUAAAUUCUUGCCCAGACUUUUGGAUUGGUUCAGUGUCCUUUGGUGACAGUAGUAUUAUUCAUUAAGCGCCUACUGUGUGAAAAUACCGUACUAAGCACUGGGAACAAAACAUGGAUGAGAAUUAGACACAGUCCCUGGAUCUCAAGGCACUCAGAAUCGAGAAUAUGGGGGUACAGGGAGAGGGACUCACGUAAGGGAACAGCUCGCUCUGAUGGUACAGACACAGAGAAUUCUGUGGGAUUAUUUGGGUGAUUGUUCGUCUUUUUGAGAAGCAGUUCUCUAGGACUAUAGUAGACAGACCAGCCUCGUAAAUGACCUAGCAUCCCUGGGGAAAAUGUUUGGGCCUUGUAAAGCCUUGACCAUUAGUAGGAUUUAGAGGUGGGAGAAGGGGCUCGGGUGAAGGACAGCGGCGUUAUUCACAUCGUAAACGCCUGAAUUGAUGUUUCCCCUGGAGUGCAAAAAUGAAAUGGAUAUCCACGGAGAUUCCCUUGAGUGUCUGUGGAAGCCCUUCAAAUAGGGAAUACUGGAAAAUGGCCUUUAGAAUAAAUAUCUAUUUUACAACCCUAAUGACAAUUUGAAGCGUUAGUAAAUCUGAGGACGAUUACUUAAGACUUGUUUGGCUCUAAUAUUUUUGGGGGGGUCUUGGUGCCCUUAGAUUCUCCCAUAAAGUCGAAUGUGCGGUCUAUACCGGAAAGAGGGCGUCUUUACGUAAGUGACCGGCGAGGCAUAUCCGAUCGAACGUUGAACGAUCACCUAUCUAGUCCUUUCACCUCAGAAAGGAGGAUUUGGGUCGAAGCAGUACCCAUCCUGCCUGUGGACGGCAGAUGGAUCAAUUUUCCUUUCUAACAGUGAGCGACCAUUUGUUUUCUUACCUGAAUGUGUCAGAUUCAGUGAGAAAGAAGCUCAGACAUCCUGAAAGGAAAAUCGCCCGAGGUGUCCGUGGCCCCGAGUGGUCAUCUAAUGGUUCCUGGGGAGACCUGUCAAUCUUCCUGUCCUUAUCCCUCCUUUCACUUUGACCCUCUCCUCCCGCCUAAGAUGAGACACACAUAGCAAAUAAACCGCAUGCUGGAUGGUGAGGCAUUUCACCGGUAGGUUUAAAUUUAAAGCACAUCCAUUCACACAAUCUACAUCCGGCGAAGAAACACGUCUUGAAACCUUGGACUCUUGCCUCAACCCUCUUCUUUAACCCCACGAAACCUGAAAAUACUUUUCCUGGUCAUGGUAGAACUGGAUGUAUCCUGUAGCUUAUAAAUAGGAUCUGAACUUGAAAUUUCUUUUGUAGCCUGAUUUUGCUGGACAGCUGCAUAAUGAAUGUAUAUAUUAUGUCUUUGUAGCUGAAGUGCAAAUCGAAAUCAGAAUGCCAAUUUCCUGACUUUCAGAUGGACAUUGUUUUCUCCUUUUUUAAGUUGUGAGCAAUAUAUGUAGCAUGCUGUGAACGUCUAUUAUCUUCUAGUUAUUCUUUAAUUCAUCAGUAUUAAUACAAAUUAUCUUUCGUGUUCCUUGGUACUUUUUAGCCAAUGUAAUCAGAAGCUGUGAUGUUUCGCCUUUGCAGUCCUGUGCUUUGUUACUGUAAUGUUUGAUUUUUUUUUUUAUGAAGCACGUGACUUUGGGCUAAUGUGAGGCAGAUGGUGUGAUCUCUAAGACUGCCAUAUAUCAGUCUCGUAGUAUGUAAGAUUUUUCAUUAGAAUAAGCUUUUAACAAACAAAUUAUUGAUGCAAUUUAGGAUUCACACAAGUUACAAUGUCGGGUGUCAGUCGUAUAUUUAUAGUUUUAAUUCCUAAAGUAGCAGACUUGAUAAACAUAGCCACUUUAAAAUUGCUCUUGCUGAAACAGACCCUGCUCUAGGUAAAAGUCUAAUGCCGUGAAUGAUCAUAAACUUUUACAAAUCACCUGGUCGUUCACCCCGUGAGUCAGCAGUUACGGACUUUCUUAUGGAUCCGGAGAGCUUUUGGCGUAACUAGUUUUUUUGUUUUUUGUUUUUGUGUUUUUCUUCUGUUGCUGAUUUGUAGCUCAGAAUGACUGUCAACUGACCAAGAUGGAUCAGUUUGUGUGGAACCUUUUAGUGCUUUCGGUCCUGAUUUGAAGAAACAAGGUAAUAUUAUUUGAACAGAUGCAGAAGGAACUGUUAAUGAGUGCUGACAAGCACGUUAUAAACAAAGGAAUUGUGUAUUAACAUGUUAACAGCAAUUCAUAAAUCUGCACUUUUUAUGACAUUUUGAAAUUCUAUUUAUAGGUACGGAACAAUGGGGUUUGUUAAACUGUAUCGCAUUUAUACUUGCUGAAAUUUCUUUCAUUGUUAUUAGUAGGAAUUUUAUUGGUUCAAUAAAAUUGGGAAAACCGAA